UGAGGUGGGAGGCGUGGGGAGUGGGUGCUGGGGGCAGGACGCUCCCGCCCAGUGAGAGACGCGGGUCGGACACGCCUGUCUUGUCACAGUGCGAGGGUUGAGCCCUGUGUGUGUGUGUGUGUUGGGGGGUAAUAUUGUGGCCAGGAGCUCCAGCACUCACAGCCGCCCUCUAGGCCUAGGCAACUACCACAAGUCGUGUCUCCAGAAUUGCUGCAGACAUUGUAAUCUGGUCGCGAUUGAGGUUGCAGUGGAUGAAUAAAAAGGAUGUGGUCUGGUGCGCCACAGUGGGCCUCGUGGGCCCUGCAGCCUCAACACUACCAGAACAUGAAGCCAGAGGAAGCAUCUUCAGUGGACUGGGCUGCGCUAGCAAAACAAUGGAUCCAAAUGAAGGAGACGGCUCCCCAGGAGCCUGUGCAGCCUCAACAUCAACCUCCUCCUCCUCCCGUCGCCAACACACCCAGUGUGUCUGCAGACGAUUCUACCACAGGUGGCGGAGAGAUGGACAUGGAAAUAGAAGAUGAUAAAGGACCGUCUGCCAACUGCACUGAACAGCAAAAUGGAGAGGCAUGGGGUGGCUGGAGUGCAGAAUGGGCACCAACUCAGUCUGGCAUGGGCUGGGGUUGGGGCUGGCCGGUAGACUCGUACUCUCAGAAUGCAUCUAGCAACCAAGAUGUUGCUCGCCAGUAUAGUGGAAAAGACGGUGAAUAUGGAUGGCCUAUGAUGGGAGGUGAGUCUGCCCAAGGUGACUAUAUAGGGAAUGAUGGAAGGGACAGGCGAGGGAGGGAGUUCCAGGUUGGUACUUUGGAUCAGGACCGAGCAGCUGCUAAAGAGGCAGAUUUCCAAUUGGAUGCUGCCCAGAGGAAAAAACUUCCUGCUUGGAUCCGUGAAGGCCUCGAGAAAAUGGAGAGGGAGAAGCAACGAAAGUUGGAAAAAGACAGACAGAUGUCUGAAAAGGAGGAGAUGUUGAAACGAAAGAGAGAAGAUGAAGCCAGAGCAAGACGCAUCCUUGAAGAAGACCUUGCUAAUGAUGGCAAACCACGAAUACCAAGGAAAAGCAAAUUUGACAGUGAUAGUGAUGCAUCUGAUCACAGUCGGUCUGCAAGUCCUGAAACCUCAACACCAGGAUUGGGCAUGCCACGAAAACGUCGGUCAAGGUUUGAACCUCGUGAUGGGCAAGGGGAAAUGCAAGAUGAAGAUGGUACAAAGGAUGUAGAUGAAGAAGAUGAGGGGGAGGAGGAUGAAGUACAAGAGGAAGGAGGAAAGGAAGAGGAAGAGGAAGAACAUAAACACACAAGAAGGGUGCCAUCACCAGAACCUGUUAAGACAGAGGAGGAGAGAAUGCAGGAAAUGAUGCUGAAGCUGAGACGCUGGAUGACGGAAAUUCUUUUGGAUGUGACGACAGGCAUGAUGGAAGAAGUGUGUGCUGAGGUGCUAAGUCGUGCCCGUAUGAAAGCUCCGGCAGUUCAGGUCAAGAAGAGCUCGGCCCUAGCCUCUUUGUCGGGCGGAAUUGGGCUUGGCAUCUACAGUGACAGCGAGAGUGAUAGCGAGGGCUCGGGCGGUGAAGGUGGCAGUGACCGAGGUGACACCGACAGUGAUGAAGAAUUACGACAGACCAUCAAACGUAAACAUGAAGAUUUUCAAGCUACAGAGAGGGACAUACUUCUGCGUUUGCAAGCAGAAGAAAUGAAUGAACGGAAAAAGAAGUUUGGUACUCAUGAGUCUGAUUCAGAUGAGGAUGGGGAGGAUGAGGAUGAUGCUGGGGAGGGAGAAGCAGAGGGCACAAAGGAGAGAAAGGCUAGCAAGGAAGGGGAAGGGGACAGACUUGGGGAACAGCCACAGGACCCAGAAGAUACUGAGGAAGAUGCCAGUCCAACUCCAAGUUCAGAUAAUGUGAAACUUGUUCCACCUCAAGAUCCUGAAGUAGAUUCCACACAGCCAGACAGUGCCACACCAAGUGGGUCUUUAAAAGGGGAUGAUUCAGUACAUAGUUUAGACUCCGAGGAAGACUCUAAGUCAUCCUUGAGUGAUCACUCUCAUUCUAGUGAAGGGAAGAAAAAGAAAAAGAGGAAAUCAAAAAAGGAAAAAAAGAAAAAAGAAGGCAGGCGGAGGAGUAGGUCAGGAAGUAGGGAAAGGGAGGAGAGGAGAGAACACAAAAAAAAGAAGAAACGUAAAGAGAUAAGUCGGAGUCGAAGCAGAAGUUCUGAAGAAUACAGUAGAUAUAGGAGUAGAAGCAAGAGUAGGGAAAGCUAUAAGAGAAAGAGAGACAUAAGUCUGAGUCCAAGUGAGGAAAGGAGUUCUCGUAGACACUAUAGUCGGGAUCGUUCCAGAUCCAAAGGUAGAGCUAAGUCACGGGGAAAAAAUGGAACAAGGGAUUGGUCAAGGGAUAGAUCUAGAGAUAGGCGAAGAAGUAGGUCUCGUGUUAGGAAAAGCAGUAAAUCUAGGGACAAAAAGCGUUAUAGAGAUAAGAGUAAUGAGAGUCGAUAUGGGUAUCGUCACAGGAGUAGGUCUCUGGGAAAAGAUCAUAGACGAAGCUAUAGAGAUGGGAGUGACGACAGUAGGUAUGGUAGAAAUAGCAGAAGACGCUCUCACACAUAUAGUAGAAGCAGAAGUCGCAGCAGAGACUAUUUACGCAAGAGAGAUCGCUAUCAAUCUAGAUCUCGAUCCAGGUCAAGAACCCCUAAGAGGACUAAGAAACGGCAUCGCUCCAGGUCCAUAAGUUCCUCCAUAUCACUUCCUAAGAAGUCAAGAAGAAGAAGAUCCAGAUCGUCGUCGUAGGCAAGUGAAGGUCCUAUCGUGAGUGCUGUGGUAAGACCAUAACAAGGUAAGUUGUUCGUGUUCUGUGAAGAUGUCUGUGUACACUUUGUUUCAGAUCAACAACGGCUGUCGCCUACCAUGUGAUAUUUCUCUGCAGUUUGAGAGGGGGACAGGAUUAAUUUAUUUCGAAGAGAAAGAAAGCAGGCAACUUCCAUUUGUUUGGUAUGCAUCUUAGUCAACUAAGUUGAGGAAAUUUUGAGGAAUGAGCAAUUUUGUAAUAAUUUUACAUUGAAGGAUUACAUUUAUAAUUCACAUCAAAUCUCGAGUACCAUUUGUCAUGAAGCUUAUACGUGCAAAAGAUAGGCUUCAUAUUUUUUAUGGUUUGUUCUCUCUUUCAGCACCUGCCUUGCACUGCCCAUCGUUUGAAGUUGCAACAAAUGUCAUAUUUUGACUGGUGUAUUCAAAGAUCGGUCACAUCUGUGUAUAGUACCCUCUAAUGCAAAUAGCUAUGUAAUUUAUUAUGAUUGAUUUUCAAUACGAGUCUCUUAUUCCAGGACAGAAAAGUUGUAUUUUCUAGUGAACAUGAAUCUGAAAUGUAUGAGAAUGAAAAUUUUGUAUUUUAAGUCAUUCAGAUGUAUCAUUCUCAUAUGAUCAACAACUUGUGUUCAGAAGAUUGGUCUCCUUUUACUUUUCAGGUUCUGUGAUUGAAAAGCUUGCUCAUGUAGUUUAGAAUAAAGAAAAUAAGACUU